AUUUGGCUGUACUGGAACCCGAGUACGGUAUAUCCAGCUACCUAAUCAGAUGCAUAUUGCGCAUUUGGUACAACCGCAUAUGUGCCAUAUAUAGAUCUUUCUUCCUGCAUUUUCAGUUUGAAACAGUGCAGUGGUACAGAGCUCGUGGUGCGUAAAGCUAGAAUGAACCCAGGUUGAAACUGAAGAAACUCACAUCAGCAAGAAAGAAACGUAGAAAGUGACCGUCCUUUGUGAAAGUUUGAAGCCGUCUGACAGAUCUCUACAGCUCCCAUACUUUCUCUUGCAAUUCUCAAGCUGAGCCGUAGCGCCGUGGCUAAUGUUUCUGGCAGUCUGAUUGAAAGGGAUUGGUCUUGAACAGCAUUGCCAUUGAUUCACAAGGCUUCAAUCGGUCUCUGUUGCUUUGAGCUGAGCUUGCAAACUCUAAUUCACAGGCUCCCCGUCUUGGAAACAUGGAUGAGAUCACAGCUAUCCUGGAACAUGUGACGGGGGAAGUUCGAAAGAAGUUUCAAGAGAUGUCAGAUGGAGGCAGCAUCAAGGACUCAAUACUCGCUUUCGUGCACGCGGUUGACUGGACUGAACCAUGGAUUCUUGCCCUCAUUUGCGCCCACAUGCUUCUCUUUUUCGUCGCAAUCUUCACACGGAGACGAAACAACCUGCAGUUUGUUCUCUUCUUCACAAUAUUGGCGACUAUCUACUUUGCGGAGACAAUCAACAAGCUCGCUGGGAAGCACUGGAAGCAGUUCUCUCGGCAACACUACUUCGAUCCACAGGGGGUGUUCAUCUCGGUUAUUUUCUCAGGGCCUCUCAUUCUGAUCUCCCUGAUUCUCCUGGUGAACUCGCUCUACAACCUGACACAGCUGAUCAUAGAGGUGAAACGGGCAGAAUUGCGAGUAAGAUCAAAGCAACAAGCAGCAGAAGAUAAAAAGGUAAAAUGAAAGAUCAGAACUGAUAAGGAGCUGAAUGAAAGCGGGGACCGUUGCCUGAAACAACCCCCCGCCAGCAUUCGAAGAGUUUCUUUAAAGCAAACGUGACAAUGAGUCCGGUUUGUUCAUGACUCAAAUCACGAAGUCUUUAUACAGCUCGAUUGCAUGGCUUGAGGCUGGUAAAGAUAUCUAGUCCUAUUACACUGACAUUUUAUAAGUGUCUGGUUCAGAUUGCCAGUCAUGCAGGUAACGAGAUCUAUUUGUAAACAAAUAGGCCGCCGCGAGGCCAGACCUGACUCGAUGGCCCA